UCUUGUAACUUUCUGGUAUAUCCAAAAUGUCACUGACCACGUGUGGUGCCCUCGCCAGAUUCCACUGUCAGGAAUGGAUUCAGCAUUGGUGGUGGGACUCUCCUGCCGUUGUGUGGGCUGCAGUACCAGAGCUGACCAGCGGGUGCUCUCAGCACUGGUGGUGGGACUCUCCUGCCGUGUGGGCUGCAGUACCAGAGCUGACCAGCGGGUGCUCUCAGCACUGGUGGUGGGACUCUCCUGCCGUGUGGGCUGCAGUACCAGAGCUGACCAGCGGGUGCUCUUAGCAGCCAGAAGCUCACAAUCAGCCAAACCUGGGGCUGAUUACAGAAAGGUGUAUAUAAGGCAUGACCAGGCCUGUGCUCUUUGCCUUGGUGUAUGUCCCCCAUGUGCCCCUGUAUCCUGUUCCUAGUUCCUGUGAGAAGAUACCUUGUUGCCGACCCUGUCUGA